UUCCCGCAGUGGGACAGGUUCCGUUUUGGAGGGCGAUCAAACCCCUUGUAAGAGGAGGGUUGAGCUAGUGACGUUUGAGCGGGGUCAUGAGAGAUGUCUUGGAAUUUGGAGAGAGGGUUUCAGAUUUCGGAACCAACGCGUGCAAAGAUACAGAGAAACAUAAAGUUGGGCAGCACCGGAGAGCUAAUGUUGGGCCCCAAUUGGGAAGGACCUUGUGGAGUAACUCCAUGGCAGUGGGGAGCUAGAACAGAUUUAUGGAGAGUGGGUAGCUUGACUACCCAUCCCUUCCUCUCUAAUGCACCUGCUGGGUUCAACUCUUAGUUCGUUUGGAGGAGUAUUUACUGGGGCCCCCUUGCGUGCUUAUUAAUAGGGGGGACGCUGCUAGGCAUUCUAAAUAAAGUUGCACAUGGCUUUGGCAUCUACCCUUUGUUUGCAUUACCGACUGGAGGAUGUCGGGAGGACAGGAUAUGUGCAGAGGUGAUUGUUAAAAGCUCUGGAUAAGAGUCGGUUGAACUGGGCUUCUAUUUCACCGUCAUCAAUUUCUCAGGCAAUAGGAGUCAAUUCUUUUUGGACCUCGGUUUCCUCAGGUCUUAUAAGAGGACUUACAUAAUAUCUCAGGUUCUUCCUACUGUUGAAAAUGGCAGGUUUCUGAAUAAUCAAACAAAUAUCAAAGUGAAUGAUAGAGCGGUGCAUUAGGAAUUAGGAAAAGACAGACGCUGGUUCUGCAAUUGAGCUGGACUCUUAGGAUGGAUAGGGUUUGAAUCAUCAGGAACCAUCUCUUUUAAGCAUCAUGGAUAAAGAUAUAAAAGACAGGAAUAGACAUUCAUGUUUUAGAGUCUUUGUGGAGAUAGAUUUAGUGAGGGUAGAGGAUUCGAGAAGGAUGGCAUUGGAUGAUGAAUGCCAAGAGGAAAGAAAGUGGAGUACGUUCUGAAUGGGGAGAAGGAAAGAAUGAGAGAAAUGUCAAGAGACCAAUCCACAGGACUUGAUUUCUUGGAUCUAGGUGAUUGAUGUUUUGAGCCUGGGUUUCAAAAAAGUGAAUGUAAUUGCUGUGGACAGAAAUGAAGUUUCUGGCAGAAUUCCAGCAUGGAGUAAUGUUUUGGUAGUCAGAUGAUUCAGAGUGUAGCUCUGAUGUUGUCAGUAACUAGCUUCUUGGGCUGUCACUGAAUUCUUCUGAAUCCUUCUCUCCUCUGUAAAGUGAUAUUGUUGGACUAGGUGGUCCCUCUUUUCUAAAACCUGUAAAACUUUGGUCUGUGAGGAUGGAGAGCUGCUUUUUUAGGGGAGGGGAUAGUUGAGGGAGAAUUGUUGUUACUGUUGUUAGGUGCCAUCUAGUGUAGUGGGUUCCGACUCAUAGCAAGUGAAGGAAACACUGCCUGGUCCUGCACUAUCCUCACAAUCAUUGCUGUGUUUGAGCCCAUUGUUGCAGCCUGUGUGUCAUUCCAUCUUGUUGAGGGACUCCCUCUUUUUUGCUGACCUUCUACCGAGCAUGAUGUCCUUCCCCAGGGACUAGGCCCUCCUGAUAACAUGUCCAAAUUACAUGAGAUGAAGUCUUGCUAUCCUCGCUUGUAAGGAGUAUUCUGGCUGUACUUUUUCCAAGACAGAUUUGCUUGUUCUUCUGACAGUCCAUGGUAUAGUGAAUAUUCUCCACCAACACCAUAAUUCAAAGGCAUCAAUUCUUCUUCGGUCUUCCUUAUUCAUUGUCCACUUUUCGCAUGAUACCAUGGCUUAGAUCAGGCGCACCUUAGUCCUCAAAGUGAGAGAAAAUAAAAUUCUUAAUUUUGAACAUGUUAAAUUUGAGAUGCAGGAAAUACAGUUGGAAAUAUAGGUAGAUAUAGUACAUAGAUUAGAAUUUAAAUAAUCAGGUUUUUUUUAGAGUGGUAAUUGAAAUCUUGAGAAUGGAUUUGCUUUGAAGGAGAGAUUGAACAGAAGGUAGUAUAGGAUGUGCCCAUAGAUAGGAGGCUCAAGAAAAUUGUGAAGGAAACAUGCAGAUCUUAGACCUAAGAGGAAGGACUCCUUUAAAAAAAAGUAUUAUUUAUAGUCAUACUAGGUUCUUGGAGGUGAACAUUAUGAUUGAAAUAAUUUAACUGUAUUUACAUCAAAUAUCAAGUACCUACUUCUGAGAACUCUGCAGCCUAUAAAUAAUUCAAAUAAAUAUGGUCUCCACUAAUUCUCUAUCUGGAAUUAAAAUCAUUUGUGUAUUUAUUUAUUCAACAAAUAUUUUUGUGUUUCAGGGAUGUAAUGAUGAACAAGAUAGAUGUCUUUCAUAGUCCCUUCGUGUAAAAUCCUUAGCUUUUAGCGAACGUGGCAGUAAUUAAGGUGCACCUCAUCUGUUUUUCUCGGGAUGAGAUAGCUUUAUUGUCUAUCAAAAUAAUAUAUGCUCAUUAUAAAAAUAUUGGGACAAUAUAGAAAGACUACAAAAAUAGUAGUACAAAUAUACAAUACUAUAGAAAUGCAAGGGAGGGGGAUUGUAAUUUGAGAGCAAAGGGAAUUAGUAGUAGAUCUUUAAGAUGACUACUAUUAAUUAUUGCUAGCAUUUAUUGAAUACUUACCCUGUUCUAGGCACUUGUUCAGUGCUUUGUGUGCUUUAGUUUGUUCAACCCUCAGAACAGCCCUGUGAGUCAGAUACAAUACGUAGAUACAUUUUAAAGAGGAGUACCUUUAGGCACAGAGAGAUUAACUGACCUACCCAAAGUCAUACAGGCUGGAAGUGGCAGAGCAGGAUUUGAAUUUAGCAGUGUGUCUCCAGAGCCUGUACUCUUAACUACUUAGUAGGCAGUGAUGGAGGGAAAAACAAUGUAUUUAGAAGGAAUAGCAUAGCCAAAGGUACCAAGGUGAGAUAGCACUUUAUCAGUGGGUUUACACAGGAAAUACUGGUAAAUAAGCCAUGUUGUUGUUGUUAGGUGCUGUCGAGUUGGUUCCAACUCAUAGUAACCCUGUGUACAACAGAAUGAGAUAUUGCCUGGUCCUGCACCAUCCUCACAAUUGUUGGUAUGUUUGAGCCCAUCGAUGCGGCCACUGUGUCAGACCAUCUCAUUGAGGAUCUUCCUCUCUUUCGCUGACCCUCUGCUUUACCAAGUAUGAUAUCCUUCUCCAGGGACUGAUCCUUCCUGAUAACAUAUCCAAAGCACAUGAGACAAAGUCUUGCCGUCCUCACUUCUAAAGAGCAUUCUGGCUGUACUUCUUCCAAGACAGAUUUGUUUGUUCUUCUAGCAGUCCAUGGUAUAUUCGGUAUUCUUUGCCAACACCAUAUUUAAAAUUAGCCAUAGAAGGUCUUAAAGCAAGGGCAAGUGACUUUUAAAGUGGUACUUUAGAAAUAGUUUAGCUUUGGUCCCUAAAAUGAUUUUUUUGAGGAAAGACUGGUGGUAUUCAUGCAGGAAGCUUUCUGUAUAGGCAGAGGGUAAUAGGCUUUUGAUUUAGGCUAACUAUACUGGAAAUGGGAAAGAAGUGGCUAUUUUUAGAGGCACUGGGAAGAAUAUACACUAUUUGUCGAUUCAUUAGAUGUGAAGUUAGAACCACAAAAUAUAUUUUAUUUUGAACAUGAAUAAUUGAGGAAAUAGGGAUACCAACAACAGAAAUAGAUGAACAAGUCAUAUAAGAAAUCAGAUUUCAAGGUGGAUAGCGAUUUGUUUUAGGUACUGGUGGACUGUUGAAGGAGUCCCUGGGUGGAGCAAAUGGUUAAUGUGCUUACAAGGGUGGAGAUUCAAGUCUAUCCAGAGACUCCUCGGAAGAAAACCCUGGCUUCUAAAAAAUUGGCUGUUGAAAACCCUGUGGAGCACAGUUCUACUCUGAGACGCAUGGGGUCACCAUGAGUUUGAAUCAACUCAACAGUGACUGGUUUGUUUUUUCUUUUAGGGAACCAUUGAAAGUUUUUGAUUAUGGGAGUAACUUGAUUCUUCUGUCAACAAGUGUGAUCAUUAAGGUUGUGUGUCAACUUGGCUUGGCCAUGAUUCUCAGUGGUUUGGCAGUUAUGAUGUCGUUUGGCAGUCAUAUGAUGAUGUGAUCACUUCCAUGAUGAGAUUUGAUAUAAUGUGAUCACCUCCAUGACAGGAUUUGCUAAAGCAAGAUUACCUUCCUAUCCAGAAAAAUGAAAACGACUGAGUUACUUUCAGAGAACAGCCAAAUGAGUGCUGCAGACUAAUGAGUAGAAUCAACAAGAACGUGAUUUUGGCCCUUUUAACUUUGACAAGUUCUGCAUUUCUGCUGUUUCAGUUGUACUACUACAAGCACUAUUUAUCAGCAAAGAAUGGAGCUGGUUUAUCAAAAUCCAAAGGAAGCCGAAUUGGAUUUGAUAGCACACAGUGGCGUGCAGUUAAAAAAUUUAUUGCGCUAACAUCCAGACAAAAUGUACCAGUGUUCCUAAUUGAUCCUUUAAUUCUGGAGUUGAUUAAUAAAAACUCUGAGCAAGUCAAAAAUACUUCUUCUGGCACCACUUCAGACUGCAAGUUUUUCUGUGUUCCAAGAGAUUUCACAGCAUUUGCGCUGCAGUAUCACCUCUGGAAGAAUGAGGAAGGCUGGUUUCGGAUAGCUGAGAAUAUGGGAUUUCAGUGCCUAAAGAUUCAGAGCAAAGAUCCCCGGCUAGAUGGAAUAGACUCGCUUUCUGGAACCGAAAUCCCCCUGCACUAUAUCUGCAGAUUGGCUACUCACGCCAUCCACUUGGUGGUCUUUCAUGAAAGGAGUGGCAACUACCUCUGGCAUGGCCAUCUACGACUCAAAGGACACAUUGACAGGAAAUUUGUUCCUUUUCGAAAGUUACGGUUUGGUCGUUAUCCUGGAGCAUUUGACAGGCCAGACUUACAACAAGUUACCAUUGAUGGACUAGAAGUUCACAUUCCAAAAGAUCCAAUACACUUCCUGGAAGAAAUACCACACUCCAGGUUUAUUGAGUGUAGGUAUAAAGAUGCUCGUGCGUUCUUCCAGCAAUACCUUGAUGAUAACACUGUGGAAGCUAUGGCCUUUCGGAAGAGUGCAAAGGAAUUGUUGCAACUGGCAGCCAAAACAUUAAAGAAAUUGGGAGUUCGAUUCUGGCUGAGCAGUGGCACUUGUCUGGGAUGGUAUCGGCAGUGCAACAUUAUUCCUUAUAGUAAAGAUGUCGACCUAGGGAUUUUUAUACAAGAUUACAAAUCUGAUAUUAUUAUAGCAUUUCAGGAUGCAGGACUGCCACUCAAACACAAAUUUGGGAAGGUAGAAGACAGCUUGGAACUAUCUUUCCAGGGAAAAGAUAAUGUAAAACUUGACAUUUUUUUCUUCUAUGAAGAGACUGACCAUAUGUGGAAUGGAGGCACUCAGGCCAAAACAGGAAAAAAAUUUAAAUACCUGUUUCCCAAGUUUACGCUGUGCUGGACUGAAUUUGUAGACAUGAAGGUUCAUGUGCCUUGUGAAACCAUUGAAUACAUUGAAGCCAACUAUGGUAAGACCUGGAAGAUUCCUGUGAAAACGUGGGACUGGAAGCACUCUCCCCCCAAUGUGCAGCCCAAUGGAAUCUGGCCUAUUUCUGAGUGGGAUGAGGUUAUCCAGUUAUACUGAGACACUACAUUGAAAUUGGAGAAUUCCUGUCUUGAAAACAGGUGGUUAACUGUUAAAAAAAAAAAAAGGUACAUAGCUAUUUGUCAAAUAUAAGUGAGAGCCAA